AUGCUUCCUCUCUUGAUCAAGGUGCUUCCUCUCUUCAUCAAAGUGCUUCCUCUCUUGAUCAAGGUGCUUCCUCUCUUCUUCAAAGUACUUCCUCUCUUGAUCAAAGUACUUCCUCUCUUGCUCAAGAUGCAGCUUCCUCUCUUCAUCAAGAUGCUUCCUCUCUUCUUCAAAGUACUUCCUCUCUUGAUCAAGAUGCUUCCUCUCUUCAUCAAGAUGCUUCCUCUCUUCUUCAAAGUACUUCCUCUCUUCAUCAAGAUGCUUCCUCUCUUCAUCAAGAUGCUUCCUCUCUUCUUCAAAGUACUUCCUCUCUUCUUCAAAGUACUUCCUCUCUUGAUCAAGGUGCUUCCUCUCUUCUUCAAAGUGCUUCCUCUCUUGCUCAAGAUGCAGCUUCCUCUCUUGAUCAAGGUGCUUCCUCUCUUCAUCAUGCAGCUUCCUCUCUUCAACAAAGUACUUCCUCUCUUGAUCAAGAUGCUUCCUCUCUUCAACAAAGCACUUCCUCUCUUGAUCAAGAUGCUUCCUCUCUUCUUCAAAGUGCUUCCUCUCUUGCUCAAGAUGCAGCUUCCUCUCUUGAUCAAGGUGCUUCCUCUCUUCAUCAAGAUGCUUCCUCUCUUCUUCAAAGUACUUCCUCUCUUGAUCAAGAUGCUUCCUCUCUAA